ACAGCCUCUCAACAAGCCUACCUUCACCUUUUACGACCACCAUGCAGUUCAAGACCGUGUUCGCUGCGACCCUCGCUGCCAUCGCGCCCCUCAUGGCAGCGGCUCAGGCAGGGUUCUGCCCCGAGGCAGCGCGUUUCGGCAACGCCAUAGCCACUCCUUCGACUGCUGCUCCCGGUGAUGAGGUCUCCAUUGUCGCCAACUUUAGCUGCUCGUUCAGCCGCGGCAUCAUCCCGGAGUGGGUUGACUACAGGCUCGAGGUUGUGAACAACAACAACGGCUUUGAGGCCCCGAUUCUGCUUGCCCGCCACCAGUUCACCGGCACCGCCGAUUCCCCUAUCGAUGUUGCCAACGUGACGAUCCCUCACGCGUUCUACGUCGAGGGCGCGGUGUACACCCCAAUCAUGUACAUCAUCUACCCCAUCAACGGUACCGACGGCAGCCCAGUGUACGUCCAGGGCGGCGUCGGUUUCGACCUCCAGAUCGAGACAUCGUCUUAAGUGGGGCUUGGAGCACGGAUUACGGACUCUCUAAGAACAUUCAGCCACGUUUGAUUGUCUAUAAUUCGCAUACGGCACUCAUGAAUCUUUGAUUGGUCCCAAACCUUGACACUUCGCGAUGGCACACAACCCGUUCCUGACAAGGAUCGUCAACUCAAGUCACUUUGGACAUGGUUAGCAUGGCUGGCUAUUGGCUGCUACUCGUUCGUGGUAGAACCUUAAUAUAUGCG